GCUCCCGAGGACAGCGUUCUAUCGAGGUAGAGGUGUACUUCAAGGCACAGUGCUUCAGUUUUUUCUAGUUGUCUAUCACCUCUGGUUAUCCCUGCUCUUCAUUACUACUUGGUGUGUCUUCUACCCUUUGGAUUUUGUCCAUGAAUGUUUUAAGCUUUCACUUGUACUAACUGAUGUAAUUGAGACAACUGCAUGUUUCAUUAAAGGUGUGCUCGCAAGCAAAGAUCCUUUGUUUUUGUCCUUCACUGUGUCUUUUUAUACAGAUGGCAUCAAACUUAAACUUUUUUACUUUUGAAAUAGUAAUUCCUCACGGACCUCUUUUUGCUGGAGUUCCUUGGCAAGAUCCUGGGAGGACCUAAAGAGAAAUGUUAUCCGAGGCACAAACUUGAACCUGUAGCGUGCAUGCGCGCUCACUCGGGCACGCUCUCUCUCUCAUGCGCUCCCAAGAAAUAGAUGGGAGAGGGAUGUUGAUACUGAAUUCUCCUUUAGCUGGCUGUCUUUUGGUCAAUAGCACUUUUUUCCCUUUAUAGCCCUUCUAUGCAUAAACAUAGUAGGCUUCCUUCUGAAGGCUCUUGAAAAUUUCACAGCCCUGAGUGCCCUAGUUAUGCCAACCUAACCCCAGGUGUGUACAUAUGCUUCAGUCGAACUAUCUACCACUACAUGGGGGGGGAAAGGGCUUUUGUCUACACUACUGGUGCUAUAGUAGCAUAACUAUAGCACUAUAGGUGUGCCGUUGUAGUGCCUGUACUCUAGAUAUGGAAGUUUCCUUCUGUAGCCUCACAGCGAGGACCCAAUCUAACUCCCAUUAAAGUCAAAAGGAGUGAUCCCAUUGAGUUAAAUGGGAAUUGGAUAAAGCCUUUAUAUGCUCCCCACCCAAGGGCUAAAGUUCUUUAAACUGUUGGGAAAUACAGUGUUGCUUUAAUGCAUGACAUGUGGCUAACAUUGCGUGGUGGAUCUUCCAUACUAAUGAUGUGCUUUUGUUUCCAUUGAAACAAAUGCAAAACUCCUGUUGACUUCAGAAGCAACAGGAUUGGGUUCUUAAUGCUUUAGGUGAUGCAUUGUUGUAGUACACGUUACAGUAAACUUCAAAAUAGUUCACCUUUCUAUUUUUUUAGUAAACUUCCAACACCCAUGACCUGAAUGUAUCUGUGGUGUGGUUAUUUUGUUUGGGGUGUGUGUGUGUGUGUGUGUGUGGAGAUUGUUCAUCUAUACAUAGUCAAAGUUGAAGCAAGCUUCCUGUUUUAAUCCUCUUUCCCGCUCCCUUAUUUUGUUAGCCUAUUAAGAGGCAUCAUAUUUGAAUUUUGUGUUAUGAUGCAGUACAUAGCUUCGAAAAGUGGCAUCGAGGAAAAUGUUUCUGCCACUUAGUAUUUGACAGUUUCAUAGUUCUAACGUUGCUUAACAUAACUAUUGCAACCUCUUUUCUUUUAAUACAGCAUUACAGUGUUUUUGCCAUCUUUGUACAAAAGACAACUUUACAUGCGUGACGGAUGGGCUCUGCUUUGCCUCAGUAACACGGGCUCAAGACCGAGUCAUACACAAUAGUAUGUGCAUAGCAGAAGUUGAUCUGAUUCCACGAGACAGGCCAUUUGUUUGUGCCCUCUCAUCAAAGAAUGGAGUUGUUACUAGGCCUUACUGCUGUGUCACAGACUACUGCAAUAAAGGAGAACUUCAAAUUCCAACGCCAGAAUCCUCUUCUAAUCUGGGACCUGUGGAAUUGGCAGCUAUCAUUGCUGGACCAGUCUGUUUUGUUUGCAUUUCACUAAUGUUGAUUCUGUAUAUCUGCCAUAAUCGUACUGUCAUUCAUCAUCGUGUACCAAGUGAAGAAGAUCCCUCAUUGGAUCGCCCUUUUAUAUCAGAAGGAACUACUUUAAAAGAUUUAAUUUAUGAUAUGACUACUUCUGGCUCUGGGUCAGGUCUACCUUUACUUGUUCAAAGAACAAUUGCAAGGACUAUCAUACUUCAAGAAAGCAUUGGGAAAGGUCGCUUUGGAGAAGUCUGGCGAGGGAAAUGGAGAGGAGAAGAAGUUGCAGUGAAGAUAUUCUCUUCAAGAGAAGAACGCUCAUGGUUUCGUGAGGCAGAAAUUUAUCAAACUGUUAUGCUACGUCAUGAAAAUAUCCUUGGAUUUAUAGCGGCAGACAAUAAAGACAAUGGUACAUGGACUCAGCUCUGGUUGGUGUCAGAUUAUCAUGAGCAUGGAUCACUCUUUGAUUACCUAAACAGGUAUACCGUUACUGUGGAAGGAAUGAUAAAACUAGCUUUGUCCACUGCCAGUGGACUUGCACAUCUUCACAUGGAGAUUGUUGGCACACAAGGAAAACCAGCCAUUGCUCAUAGAGACUUGAAAUCAAAAAAUAUAUUGGUAAAAAAGAAUGGAACGUGUUGUAUUGCGGAUUUAGGACUGGCAGUGAGACAUGAUUCAGCUACAGAUACAAUUGAUAUUGCCCCAAACCACAGAGUGGGAACAAAAAGAUACAUGGCUCCUGAAGUCCUAGAUGAUUCCAUAAAUAUGAAACAUUUUGAGUCAUUCAAGCGAGCCGACAUCUAUGCGAUGGGAUUAGUGUUCUGGGAAAUAGCACGGCGAUGUUCAAUUGGUGGAAUACAUGAAGACUACCAGUUACCAUACUAUGACCUAGUCCCUUCAGAUCCUUCAGUUGAAGAAAUGAGGAAAGUUGUUUGUGAGCAGAAGCUGAGACCCAAUAUUCCAAACAGAUGGCAAAGUUGUGAGGCAUUACGAGUAAUGGCCAAAAUUAUGCGUGAAUGUUGGUAUGCCAAUGGAGCAGCCAGGCUAACAGCUUUACGCAUUAAGAAAACAUUAUCACAGCUCAGCCAACAGGAGGGCAUAAAAAUGUAAUCCUGGAUUUACUACUGAAGAGCGCUUUAAAGAUCCAUAGCUGAAUUUGGGUGGCAUGUUCAGAAGGUUAAUAGCUCUACCUCACUGAGGGAACAGAAGGAUAUUGCUGCCUUUUGAUACUUUAUAGGAACAUCAGUUGUUAGCCCCGGGAUUUCUGUGAACAUGGUAAACAGUUGUUUGGGUCUUUUUUGUGCACUAUGAACACCUCUUUCCCAGGACAAUUACAAAACAUUGUGUAGUCUAGCUUUAUUUUUAUUAACAUGUAACUCUAUUUUAAAAGUUGAUUAC